AAGAAGAAGACAUUGACCCGGAUAUGACAUCAUAAGCGCAGGACCCAAACUUUAGCUUGUAGCACAGCAGCUAAUUAAAAGCAGUCGGAAGCUCCUUCUUUUUUAUGUUUUACCGCCCUCGACAUUGAUAUGGAGUUUACGCUGGAUUUAUAAUUACAGUGCUGAGGGAAUGGUCUGACUGCUGCAGCACCAACAAAGAUGCACAGCCGUCUGCAGGAGCUGAAGAAGGAAGAGGAGACUCUCCUCAAAAUCAAAGUGAUGCUACAAGACCAGCUGAACAGACUGAAGUUUGAAGAAGGGGCCUUGAAAUCUAUCAUUAACGCUCAAUCAGAAGAGGAUGGAGCCUCUCAACGCCUGUCCCCAGAGCCUGAGGUUCAAAUUAACCUUGAUGAUGAGAGCGAAAUCAAUCAAACCAAACUGCUACUGAACGCCGCUGUAGAUUAUGACAUGGAGGAGGAGGAGGAAGAAGACGACGAUGAUGAUGAGGGGGAUGAGGAAGAUGAAUUAGAUGAUGACAAUGAGCUCAGAUUUGUGCCUGAGGAGGAUGAGGACGAGAACGAAGACGAUUACUGAGAUCCUCAGCGUUUUAUGGGGCUUCUAUGUUUGCACCUCUGAAUACAGCAGUUUCUUUGUUCACCUGUUUUGUAUGAUCACUUGGUAAGUUUAAUUUAUUUGGAUGAAGUGAGUUACAGUGUAAUGACGUGCCGUAACAGUAUCCUCUCCUUUGCCUGAUUUCAUUUCCUUUAUUUCAAACCAUGUCCGAAUUCAUGUGUCAAACUUUGUGAAAAACCUUGAGAACUGUCUCACUGAAAUGCAGUCGGACAGUGUUAUUAGAUGCUUAAUAGCUUAGUGAAUAUGUUGUGCUAAAGAUAAGAAACUGAACUAGUUCACUUGAGAAUCAGAUGUCGAGAUGUGUCUGUUAGCAUGAAAUGUAUGGCUGGGCCAUAUAAGAAUAUAGUGUGUAUGUAUUAUGGAAGAAAUGAUCAUUGUAAGCACAAAAUAAAAUGUUUUGAAUAGGG